UGACGUACGUUGUCCAGUUUCCCUCCGCGCUGACAAAGCUAGCAGCCCAGCUAGCUACAUGUCACGCUAGCGACACGUUUUCGAACCCUGUUGCCCAUUAUUGGUAUUUAAUUUAUUUCGUUACAACAGAGAGGUUGGUGGGGGAACCGAGAAAGUCCUCGCCGAAGUGAACCCGUGCUGGCCUGCUAGCAGGGCAAGAUGUUCAACAAGUCGUUCGGGACCCCCUUCGGCGGAGGCUCGGGGGGCUUUGGCACCUCGUCCACCUUCGGGCAGCAAAACGCGGGCUUUGGGACCACGGGGGGGUUCGGUACGUCUGCGUUCGGGGCGACCACCAACACCGGAGGGCUCUUUGGCACCACACAGAAUAAACCCGGCGGCUUGUUCGGAACCAGCACCUUCAGCCAGCCGGCGACAUCCUCCACCAGCACCAGUUUUGGCUUCGGGGCCCCCAGCGCCACGUCCUCCAGCCUGUUUGGCAACACGGCGGCAGGGAACCCGGCAGCCGGCGGGCUCUUCUCCCAACAGAACAAUGCUUUUAGCGCCAACAAGCCCACAACCUUCGGAAGCUUCGGGACCAGCACCACCAGCGGCGGCCUCUUCGGGUCCGCCAACACCACCUCCAACCCUUUUGGGGGGGCCACGUCCUUGUUUGGCGGCUCGGGCUUCUCUGCCACGCAGCAGCCCGGAACAACUGUCAAAUUUAAUGCUCCAACAGGAAAUGACACCAUGGUGAAAGCCGGCGUGACCACUAACAUCAACACCAAGCAUCAGUGCAUCACCGCCAUGAAGGAGUACGAGAACAAAUCCCUGGAGGAGUUGAGGCUGGAGGACUACCAGGCGGGACGGAAGGGCGCCACCAACCAAAUGCCCGCCGCGACGGGCGGCUUGUUUGGCGCCGCCGCCCCCACGUCCAGCGCACCGGCCGGCCUGUUCGGCUCUGCGGCGUCCAACAACAACUUCUCGUUUGGCCAGAAUAAGAGCACCUUUGGUCAAGCCUCGACGGGGGGCUUCAGCGGCACCGCGGGGGGCCUGUUCAGCCAACCCAACCAGCAGCAAGCCGGCAGCCUCUUCAAGCCGUUCGGUCAGGCCACCACCGCUCAGAGCAGCGGCUUUUCCUUCGGGAACACCAACACCAUGGGCCAAGCCAGUACCAGCACCAUGGGUCUGUUUGGCAACACGGCAGCGUCUCAGUCGGGCAGCUUAUUUGGCACCGCUCAGACGAGCACCGCCACAGGCUUCGGUGCCGCCAGCGGGCUCUUCGGCCAAGCCGGCGCCGGCUUCGGGAACGUGGGCACUCAGCCGAGCAUAUUUGGAAACAAAGCGAGCGGCUUUGGCACCACCACUACCAGUGCCCCGUCCUUCGGCACUGGCGCCGGACUCUUUGGCAACAAGCCUACGCUAACGCUGGGAACUGGAGCCAACACUUCAACAUUUGCCGGCUUUGGUGCAAACCCUGCUGGAGGGAAUCUGUUUGGCAACAAGACGACCGCUGGAGGGCUUGGAACCGGACUGGGAACCACCUUUGGAGCAGUAGUGGGCGCCGGGACGACGUCACUGUUUGGGAAUAACCAGAACAAAUUGGGCUCCACGCUGGGAACGAUGGGAACGUUUGGGGCAACCGGCUUCAACAGCGGCACCGGCGCGAUAGGCUUCGGAGCGCCUCAGCAACCUGUCGCACUCACCGAUCCGAACGCGGCCGCAGCCCAGCAGGCCAUGCUGCAGCAGCAGUUCAGCGUGCUGGCGUACUCGCCCUACGGGGACUCGCCACUCUUCAGAAACCCUCUGUCUGACCCCAAGAAGAAGGAGGAGCGUCUGAAACCAACCAAUCCGACAGCCCAGAAAGCUCUGACCAUGCCCACACACUACAAGCUGACCCCCCGACCGGCGACCAGGGUCCGCCCCAAAGCGCUGACCUCAUCGGGCGGCUCCAAGUCGCAGCUUUUCGACGGCCUGGAUGACGAUGAGCCUUCGCUCACCAACGGAGCCUUCGUUCCGAGGAAGAGCAUCAAGAAACUUGUGCUGAAGAACUUGAACAGCAGCCAGUACAGCAGUCCCGCAAACAAAGACGCAGACGAUCUGGCCUCGCCGUUGGCGUACCCUCAGAACGGACACAGCCAAACGGAGGACGACGAGCCGAGGGCGGUGCCGGCUGACGACGCAGAGGUCACGCACUUCUACGUCAACCCCAUCGCCAAACCCGUACCGCAAGGCCGCGCCCAGGCCAGCCUGCAGGACACCAUCUGCGAGCUCAACAUGCACAAGGCUGCCAGGAACGGCCUGGAGUUGAGCAGCGAGGACGCAUCGGCAUCUCUGGGCGAGGAGUCCCUGCAGGAGGAGAGAGACGACGUUCUACACGACUCCAACCAGCUUCCUCACCCCGCAGGCAUCGUGCUCAGGCGUGUGGGUUACUACACCAUCCCUUCCAUGGACGAGCUGGCCGACAUGGUGGACGACGGCGGCGAGUGCGUGGUCGAAAACUUCACCAUCGGCAGGAAAGGUUACGGCUCCAUCUUCUUUCCCGGAACGGUGAACGUGACUGGACUGGACCUGGACCAGAUCGUUCACUUCAGACGCAAAGAAGUCAUCGUCUACCCAGAUGAUAAGAACAAACCGGCCGAUGGCGAGGGGCUCAACAGGCGGGCCGAGGUGACGCUGGACGGGGUUUGGCCCAAUGAUAAGACGAGCUGUACGCAAAUCCGAAGCCCCGAGCGCCUCACCGACAUGAACUACGAAGGCCGGCUGGAGAAGGCGGCGCGAAAACAGGGAGCGCGCUUCCUGGAGUACAGACCAGAGACCGGCUCCUGGGUCUUCGAGGUGGCUCAUUUCUCAAAGUACGGCCUGCAGGACUCUGACGAAGAUGAGGACGUUCCGCUCAAGACCGACCCCAAGAAGCUCAAGACGAUGAUGUCAAUUCCUGCCUCCAGGCCGCCGCAGGCUCAGGUAGCGACGACGCUACAGAACGGCCAACUGGCUGCGUUCUUCCCAUCUCAUCAGACGACAGCGGUCGUGGAGCUGGCCGGCGGCGUGGCGGAGUUGGACAGCGACAUGGCCGACGUCACCCAGAGCUUUCCGCUCGAGAGCGCGCUGGGAGACGAGGACGACUGCGGAGGAGAGCUUGCGGAGGUUUCGGAGGACGCCGCGGGUGCUGAGCAAGACUUCGUCUCACCAUCGGGCCGUGUGGCGUCCUCCCUGGGCAUCAACCCGCAUGCCCUACAAAUCAUGAAGGCGUCUCUAUUUGCUGAGGACGAGGACGAGAGCGACUUCUUCCAGGAUCACGUGAAGAUCUCUUCGGACUUGUCCUCUCCGCGCCUCCUCCUGCCAGGACGGCCCUCGGUGGGCGGUCUCCUUCAGACUCGCUUUUCCUCAGGCCUGCCCUCCCAGCUCCCCGAUUCGCCUCGCAGGCCCGCUCUUCCUCUGUCCCAGGUCGAAACUGCCCGCUCGGCACACUGGGCGGCGCCCCCUCCGCCCUCCUUCUUGCUGCCCCCUAAGCCUGCCGAGCCCCCAGUGAGGACAGUCGGGAUCCGGCGGUUAGGAGGCCCCGUUCCCCUGGAAGAGUCGAUCACGCGAGGAAAGGAAAACUUGCUGAUGGAUGCCAGCCUGAACGCGGGGCGCUCGUUCCGGGUGGGCUGGGGUCCUGGUUGGAUGCUGGCGCACUGUGGCAAUUUGCUGAGCUCUCCACCGGACAAGGAACUUUGCAACCAGCAAGUUGCAACCAACACGGACUUCGGUUUCCUGCCAAAACCUGCCAGGAACAAACCGCUGGCAGAAAGCCCCUACAAGGUGGUUUUGGAGCAACUGGUGGGUCUGGAGCCCCCGGGAGAGAUGAUGAGUGAGGAGGAGAGCCAAGAGGUGCUGCAGCGCCCCCUGGAGAUCUGUUUGAAGCACAGCACCGUCAUCACGGACGCUUCCGCCUGCCCUCUAGUCCGCCCGCAACCCGGUGUGGCGGCACUGCAGGACUACGCCGAUUGGGUCACAGAGUUGAGCGACAAGCGGGCACACGCCGACCCGCUGCUGGCCUACUGGUGCGAGGUGUGGACGCUGUGCGAGGCCCUCUGGGGUCGGCAGCCGCACGCCGAGGCCCUGGACGACUACGAGCGGCAGCUGGAGAGGCGGCGCGGCUUCUCCGCCUGGCUGUCGCGCCGCACUGCCCACCGGGUGGAGGAGGAAGUGGCGCUGGCCGGGAAAGGUCGCCACACGGAGGCCGUCUUCAGCUACCUGACGGGAAACCGCAUCAGUGAGGCGUGUCGUCUGGCGCAGAAGGAGGGAGACCACCGCUUGGCCUUGCUGCUGUCGCAGGCCGCCGGCUCGCAGUACAACCGCGAGCUGCUGGCCCUGCAGCUCGCCGACUGGAACCGCACGCAGACCGACGCCUACCUGACGGAAGAACGCCUGCGGAUCUUCACUCUGCUCGCCGGAAAGCCCGUGUGGCAGACGUCCGACUCGGUGGUGAACGUGUGCUCGCAGCUGGACUGGAAGCGCUGCGUGGCGGUUCACCUCUGGUUCACGUUGCCGCCCACCGCCUCCGUGGCCGACGCCCUCGCCGAGUACCAGGACGCCUUCCGGGGCUCGUGCGAGGGGGGCAAAUAUGCCUGCGCCCCCCUGCCGCCGUACCUGGAGGAGGAGCGGUCAGAUGUGGACGAAGACGACGAAGAGGAGGAGUCGAAGCGACCUCUGUACGACGUCUGCUUCCACCUGCUCAAACUCUACAGUGACAGACACUACGGCCUGCAGCAGCUGCUGGAACCUCUGAGCGGCACCCGGGACCGGCUGGACUUCCGCCUGAGCUGGCACCUUUGGGGCGUCCUGCAGGCGCUGCGCUUCGGCCACCUGAGUGCGGCGCGCCAGGGCCUGCUGCACGCUAGCUACGCCGCGCAGCUGGAGAGCGCCGGCCUGUGGCACCUGGCCGUCUUCAUCCUGCUGCACAUCCCCGACCACGCCCAGCGGGAGCGAGCGGUGAGGGCCGUGCUGGCCCUGCACUGCCCCCUGCGGGACACGGACGAGUCUCUGCGCAGGGAGCGCUUUCUGACCCGCCGGCUGCUCGUCCCCGAGCCGUGGAUCCACGAAGCCAAGAGCGCUCGCGCCCGCCACUGCGGCGACAAGCACCGGGAGGCGCUGCACCUCUACCGCGCCGGCCACUGGAGCCAGUGCCACCGGCUGCUCGUCACGCACCUGGCCCCGGAUUGCAUCAUCAACGACAACCACGACUACCUCCUGGAGUUCCUGGAGGGCCUGGCGGUGCCCGAGCACAGCGUCACCAUCCAGGAUUGGGACAGCGUGGGCAAGGUGUACCUGGACUACAUCCGGCUCGCCAAGACCCUGCGGGACGUUCAGCAGACGGAGAGCGGCGGCGACUACGAGCUGGAGCAUCUUCACGCCCAAGUGACGUCUUUGUGCGGCAGGAUCCAGCUGCUGCCCUGCGGGGGCGCCAGAGACCACUUGGCCCGGUCAGAGAUGGCCAAGUGCGUGGCCAACUUCCUGCGCGCGGUGCUGAGUUUGCAGCACGGUGCGGGCGCUGCGCCGUGCCAGCUGGCGCCGCACAUCACGCGGCUGCCCAUGCCCGAAGACUACGCCCUAGAGGAGCUGAGAGGCCUCACCGCGUCGUACCUGCGCCAGCUCACCGUCGGCCAAUGAGCAUCCGCCGCUGACAAAUCCAAAUCCAUGCGUUCCGCCGCGAAACAUUGGGGACACUUUGGAUGUGUGUGUGUGUGUGUGUGUGUGUGUGUGUAUAUGUGAGGAAAGGCCACAAAUCUAUCUUUAUGAUGUUUUAUGGAACAAAAAGUCUGUGGAAAAUGUCCAAUGGUCUAUUUUUGUAGAUUUUGUUGUCGUUUUUGUAUGCAAAUAUUAAAAAAUGGAAAAUGUCCUUACUGAGUGUUUUGAAAGCAGCUUCACCCAAAUUCAAAAAUUCUUUACAGCGAGCUUGAAAUUCCUUUUGUACAAACAAGCGAAUAAGGUGUUAUUUUACUUAUCCGGUGACAACUUUGGCCUCAUGGCAUCGUUUGCGUGUUGAAACAUUUUUAAUAAAGUCUGAUAGGAAUAA